AUGGCAAAAUUAUCAGACGAGGAGGCUGAUUCACGUACAGCCCUGGUGGGUGCACCGCGCACUCGAUCGAAUCCGCGUUCCACCUCGCGUUCCACAUCCCACGACAGCGCCCGCCCGGCCAAGCGACAACGCCGCAACAGAAACAAGAAGGAAUCAGAUCUAGCUGACUUUGUCCCAAAAGGUGUUGCAUUCAGUACUACCUCCUUGCCAGUGGAUCCAGAUAGCACAUCUAGCUCUGGAUCUAGUUCGUCUGAAAGUGAAGAUUCCAAUUCCGAUACCAACUCAACUACUGCUGCAAACCCACACGCUGGCAACACCGCGCCUGCAAUUAGUUGGAACCAGGGUCGGAAGGCUGCAGUGCGAACAACACUUGGAAAACGAUCGGCACCAACAAACGAGAAGCCUAGUCAAUUCGAAGCGGUGAAUGACAAAUAUUGGCGCAGUCACAGCGCAUCCGUCUCGUCGGCCAAUGGUGAAGACAAGCCGAUAGCAAACGACCAAUCCGAAAAUGAUAAUGAGCUGGAAGAUGGAGAAAUUGACUCCAAGAGUGACACAGAUGAUUCAGAUCUUGGCUCUGAAGCCGAUGACUCUAUCCUGCUCAACAUAGGGGACAAGAUGGAUGGUGCCAAUGAUUAUGACCCUGCGACUCUGGCUCAUCAGCAUGGUUCUAACACCGGGAAAUCAAUCACACAAUCUGGACCUGGGUCGAAAGAGGAGGCGUUCCGGCUUUUCUCAAUCAAGUAUCCAAGUGCGCCUACUGCUUUGGUGGACCUAAGCCAGACAGACCUAGAGAACCUGGCCAAGUACGUGUAUUUUGAUCGAAACAUCCAUGAUCUGGACCUCAAACUUCCUAUCUCUUGUCUCGAAUGUCAAAGCGAGGGUCAUAUGGCCGAUGUCUGCCCAAAAAAGGAGUGUGAACACUGCGGUGCCUGGAACCAGCAUCAAAGCAGUACUUGCCCCGACUGGCGACGAUGCCAAAGAUGCCGCGAACGUGGCCACGAUGAGCCACAAUGCACCUCAAAGCUACGCAGUUUCGCAUCUGAAGUGCCUUGUGAUUACUGUGGCAACGAACACCUGGAAUCCGAAUGUGAUUAUUUAUGGAGAUUCCCCAGCAGAGACCUCCACUCCGAUCAAGUCAUAGUAUCAAUCUGCUGUGCAAAUUGCUGCAGUGCAAAGCAUCUUGUAGGAGACUGCCCGACUGCCCCCUUUAGCGCAUCAAUCACAUCGUCAUUUACCCUGAAGGGUAUCGACCCGGACAUGAUCACGAACCUCAACACCGUCAUCCCACCCCGAGAAGCUCGCCCACCCAGCCGUACUCAAUCCCGCGGAAGAGCCAAGGAAUGGUCUCGACCACCAUCCCCAGAAGAAGAUGACAUGAUGUCUCGUGUAUCCCGCGGCCGGGGACGCCCCGUUCCUGCUCCGCGUGGCAAUACUCGCGGAAGUAUCAAGUUCGCAAGCGGAGUCGGAGCCAAACGCGGCGAUCCACCAUCCCGAGGGCCUUCCCGUGGACGUGCAACGUUCUCUGGAAACAACAAUCGCCAACGCUCCCCGAACCCGCCCCUUCCACGUGGACCUCCCCCACCAAGGAGUGGUGGCCGAAGCCGUGGGCCACAACGAGGAGGAUUCUCACGUGGACCACGUGGCGGUGGCGGCAGAGGCCGCGGCUGGUAG